AUGAUGACGGAUGACAUCGGACUGCCGGACGACAUAAAACACAGUUGCAACCCAUGCCUCUACUCAUUCUAUAUUCAUACUACAAUGAAGACCUCAUCCAUUCUCUUCGUCGUCAUGAGCGCUCUCGCGGGCUUGACCGAGGCCAGACGCGGAUGCAAACCAGACGUCGCUCACCCCGGAUUCGGCACGUACACCAUCGCCAGCGGAGACAACCUGAACGACAUUGCUACCGAUUUUGGCACCACUGCCACCCAGCUUGCGACCAUCAACAGUAUUCCUAACCCGGAUCAAAUCAAGCCCGGAACCACCCUCGUCGUGCCGUGCCGAUAG